UUGAAAGCUGCUGGAAAGGAUAAUAAAAAAAAAAUUUGGAAUGUUGUUAAAAAUAUAAAUAACUUAAAUAAACCAAAAGAGCUACCAGCUGAACUUCUCAAGAUUGAAAAUAACCCGCUUAGUUCCGUCAACUUUAUAAACACUUUUUUUGCAAAUAUAGGCUCUAACUUGUCAAAUAAACUUAAAAUAGAUCUUCCGCCUCUUCCUACCACUGUAAAUCCUGUAACAGUCAAAAGUAAGUCUUUUGUCCUACUUAAAACAAGUGUAGAAGAACUCGAACGUCUCAUUCUUAAUCUCAAGACUGAUUGUGGUGCUAGCUGGGAUGGUAUUACGCCAAAAAUUUUAAAAUGUCUUAAAGAACUUAUAAUCCCCCCACUUAAUCAUAGCUUUAAUAGGUGUCUAGAAGAAGAGCUAGAGAGACUCGCUACAGUACUACAUUCCACGCAACAGGAGAAUGCUCUUCUUCGUGCACAAAUCGAAGGUAAGCCUCUAAAAACAGAGGAUACUCCCAUAAACGAACUUUCCCCUCAAGUUUGUAAAGUAGCGCCAAAGGUACCUCCCUUUUGGCAUCAGAAACCUGCCUUGUGGUUCGCACACAUUGAAACCCAAUUUCGUGUAGCGGGAAUCACAGGGGACCAGACCAUGUACGACCAUGUCAUUGGUCAACUGGAUUUUAGGAUUACAGCUGAGAUUGAGGACAUCGUUACAAAUCCACCUAGGACUAACAAGUAUGAACACCUAAAAACGGAAAUCAUACGUCGUUUAUCACAAUCUGAAGAAGAACGUGUUCGACAGCUUCUGAACGAUGAGGAAUUGGGCGAUCGUAAGCCAUCCCAAUUCUUAAGACACUUACGUUCUCUAGCUGGGAGCACACUCACGGAUGAGAGCAUUUUGCGUCAACUUUUCAUGCGCCGCCUGCCACAACAUCUUCAGGCAAUCCUUGCUGCAAGUGCUGACCCACUUGAUGAUAUUGCAAUUCGAGCGGACAAAAUUCUCGAAGUAGCUCCUAGCCUUGCAUCAUCUUCGAGCCCGUUUGUACAUGCAACUUCUGCAUCUUCUUCAGGUCCUACAUUUGACCUAUGUGCUCUUGAUGCUCAGGUACAACAGCUGUCUGCAACAGUUGCAGCGCUUACUCGAACUCGAGAAAAUCAUCGUAGUCGAAGUAGAAGCAAGUCUAGGAACCGCACACGAUCUGAUGGUAAGUUAUGCUGGUACCAUUGGACGUUUAAAGAAAAGGCAAGCAAGUGCGUUAGUCCUUGUUCAUGGCAAGCGGAAAACUGUCAAGCCAGUCAGUAG